GUCAGCAGAGAUGGCACGUCUCUUAAGGGCAGAGCAGCUUGUCCAGGGUUGUGGUUCACAGUUUCGACAGAUGGCCAACUCGUUGCUGGAUAUUCAAGAGAGGCGCCUGUAUAGUUGCCUGGGAUUCGGGUCGUUCGUGCAGUAUGUGUCUGAAUCGGGUAGAAUUGAUAUUGCACCGAGAUAUGCACAGGCUUUGGUAGCGGCUGCUCGUUUUUUGCGGUUGCUUUCUGCCACAGACGUUGUGCCUAACAGUGGGCGCCAGGUCCGUCCACUUACAGCUCUGCCACCUUGCGAUGCGCUAGGGGCAUGGCGCCUUGCUGUGGCACGCUCUGUAGCCGAGUCACGACUCCUGGGUGGGCGGCUCGUUGAGCAAUGUGCAUUGGAGGUCACAGGCAGGAGCCGUUUGCUGCGGGGUACUGGCAGCGACAACAGCAGCGGCGACAUGGAUGUCAGCGAUAGCGAGUCUGGUGAGGGAGUCCAUAUGGUUCGAAGUGGAGGGGGUGGGAAUGUGCGCCUGUUUCUCUCCAGUGAGAGUCCGGAGUGGUUCACCCCACUGAGUAUCAUAGAGCUGGUGCACGAGGUGUUCACUCCUGGCGGGAUCAACCUGGACUCAUGCUCGUCCGCGGCUGCUAACACACGUGUUGGGGCGACAGCGUAUUAUGAUAUGGAAUCCGAUGGUCUGUUGGAGUGCAACGCGUGGAUGGGCAAUGUGUUUGUCAACCCGCCUUUUGGGGUGCACGGUGGUGCAAGCUAUCAGAGCCUGUUUUUCCAGAGAUGCGCAACGGAGUACAUGGCUGGUCGCAUUCACCAAGCAGUACUGCUGCUGAAAGCCGCUGUGGGUUAUGCGUGGUUUGAUGCCAUACUGCAGUGGCCUGUCUGUUUUCUGCGCCAACGUUUGGCGUUUGUGCGUAGGCAAUCUGGGAGUCAACAGCAGGAGGGAGGACCCCUGACAUGGGGAGUGCGGGUAGCCAAUCCACAUGGAAGUGUCGUGGUUUACAUGGGCCCAGACGUGCAACGUUUUGUGUCAGUGUUUGGUUGCAUGGGCGGAAUACCCGGGGCGACUUCAUGGGCCACGCCCCGCCCAACGGAGAGCUCGAUGGAUUAAGGCAUAGAUUGCAUAUGGCGAACAUAUUCUUCUUGGCAGACAUCUGCAUUUUCAUUUGUUUUCAAUGUAGCUCGUGGUACUGAGUUUAGCGGUGUAUCAGAGAUUUGUCAUUGUUUCCACCCGAACCUAUUCAUGCAUAGGAGUGUUGUGGGAUAAACUGGACGAACGGCCGAUGAAGUGUGGUGGGAAAACAGUGGGACCUCGGCGGCUGACUUGACUGGGUAAUGCAGUCGUGGCCCUGAGUGCUUGCCUCCGGUAGUAGUAGUAGUAUGUCGUAGGAUCGAAACUAAUACGCACAUGAGGCAUGUGUGAGGGGUCCCCUUG